CCGCCCGCUUCCGCUCCUCGCCGGCUGCCUCCGGGUCGCGGCCGGCCUGAGGAGGGGCGGUGGCGGCGGUGGCUCCCAUCGCCCUUCUCCCGCUGCCGCUCGGCACCGCUGAGGCCUCUCCUGGCGGUGAGCGGCGCCGGGGCAGGGGCGCGUUUGGUGGGGUGGAGGCGGUCGGUGGGGCCGUAGGUCUGUCUGUAGGUCUGUCUGUCCCUCGGCGGCCCGCCUGAAGCGCCGUUCUCGGGCCGCCCUUCUCCUCUUUAGCAUCGCCGCGACCUGGUAAAGCUUUAGCUUGCGGCCCUAGAACUGCGGGGUCUCUGUCUGCUGGGUGUUCUCCUGGAGGAGAGGUGUUGGGUUUUUCAGUGCCAGUGGGAUAGCGUUUCCCAUACAAAGGUUUAAGUUUAUUUUACUGUACAAGCUCCUCGCUGCCAUAAUGAGGCUAGUCAUUCUUGAAGAUUACGAUCAGGCAAGUGAAUGGGCAGCAAAAUACAUCUGCAAUCGUAUUAUCCAAUUCAAGCCCAGUCAAGGAAGGUAUUUCACGCUUGGUCUACCAACAGGGAGUACGCCCUUGGGAUGCUACAAAAAGCUGAUAGAAUAUCACAAGAAUGGAGAUCUCUCUUUCAAAUAUGUAAAGACGUUCAACAUGGAUGAAUAUGUAGGGCUUCCCAGAAAUCAUCCAGAGAGCUAUCAUUCGUAUAUGUGGAAUAACUUCUUUAAGCAUAUUGACAUAGACCCAAAUAAUGCUCAUAUCCUUGACGGGAAUGCUCCAGACUUACAGGCAGAAUGUGAUGCGUUUGAAAAGAAAAUUGAAGAAGCAGGGGGGAUCGAUCUGUUUGUUGGAGGCAUUGGUCCAGAUGGCCACAUUGCAUUCAAUGAACCCGGAUCAAGUUUGUCUUCAAGAACAAGAUUAAAGACUUUAGCAAUGGACACCAUUUUGGCAAAUGCUAAGUACUUUGAUGGAGACUUAUCUAAAGUACCAACUAUGGCGCUAACAGUUGGUGUGGGUACAGUGAUGGAUGCUAGAGAAGUGAUGAUUCUUAUAACAGGUGCACAUAAGGCUUUUGCAUUGUACAAAGCGAUUGAAGAAGGCGUCAAUCACAUGUGGACAGUUUCUGCUUUCCAGCAGCACCCUCGUACUAUCUUUGUGUGUGAUGAAGAUGCUACUUUAGAACUAAGAGUUAAAACUGUGAAGUACUUUAAAGGUUUAAUGCAUGUGCACAAUAAACUUGUGGACCCACUGUACAGUAUGAAAGAAAACUGAAAGAAGAAUUGAAGAAGAACUCCAUGUGGGUCAACAGCAACAGUUUUAGGUAGCAGAUGAGUUCACUGCUAUGCAAUAUGUUGAAAACUGUUUAAAAUGGGGAAUCCAUGUACUGUAUUUUUUAAAGGUCCAAUAUCUGUACAUUUACAUUCCAUCUCUAUUUGCUGUGUCAUGCGUUUUGCUUUAACACUUGGAACUCUGUUGGCUGUUACAAUAACUAAAUGAAACAGAACAAACCUGUGGGAGACUGCAUGUUACAUAGGGGUGGAGGGGGGUGGGUGGGGCAGAGCACUUAUUUUAGCACAGCAAUGUAAUGCAUCUGUUAGAAUAUCUUAUUUCUAAGAAUUUAUAAUUUUGGCUCCAUUAGUGCAACUACACUUUGCAUUUGUGUUUCUAGGCAGAAUGGUUUUGGCCUUUGUUAAAUACUAUGGACUUGUAAUAGCUGUACAAUUUCUACUAUGAAAUGUUCUGUUUACGUGUAUCUAAUGCACACUGAGCUUUUGCACUUGGUUGCCUUAAAUUUAUCUUAUACAAACAGGUUUGGGGCAUCUCAAGUCCUGCUGUACAAUUCAGGCAAAUAAAAAUACAAAAACAGUGCCUAUAAACGCACCCGAUUCUUGAAAGUGUCAUAACUUAUUCUAGUUGCAAACAUUAAACUUCUGUCAUCGUACUUUCUUCUCAUGUAUUUCAAAUUAGUUUAGGAUUUUUCAAUUUUUUUUAUAAUUGAGCUUUAUCCAUAAGGAAAAAGCGAGGUGUUCCUUUCUGGAGAUAUGUUUAACUGUAUCAGCUGUUACCUGCAAAAAGGUUAAUUUCUAGGAACAUAAUGUCUACUAGUUUAAAUUAUCAUGUAUUAAAGUCACUGUUAACCACUCUGUAAUAAUUACCUCUCAUUGUAUCACUAUAAAUAUUGAUCUGUUACAAGGAAUGUUAUUUCCUACUUUGAAAAAGUAAAAUGUAAAUAUAAAU